AUGAAACCAUUUGGAUUCUAUAAGUAUUUGUUUUCUCCUAGUGAAAACCCCUACGCUGGCCUAGUGGAGUCCCUACGUGCUGCCUGGUGGACAGGAAAGACACGGCCUAUGGAGUAUCGGAUGAAACAGCUGGAGGGCCUGUGUCACUUUCUGGAGGAAAGGCAUGACGAAAUCCAGCAUGCCCUGUGUACAGACCUACGGAGGCCCUGCUUUGAAACUGAGUUCUCUGAGAUUCUCUUUAUCAGAAAUGAACUGGCUGAGGCUCUUAACAACUUAAGCUGCUGGAUGAAGGAUGAAUGUGUGCACAAGAGCCUGUUCACGAAGCUGGACUGUGCCUUCAUUCGCAAGGAGCCAUUUGGUGUGGUGCUGAUCAUUGGAAACUUUAACUACCCUCUCUACGUUACUCUGAUACCCCUCUUGGGGGCCAUUGCAGCUGGGAACUGUGUGAUUCUCAAGCCUUCAGAGCUGAGCAGCUGCACUGAAAGGCUCCUGGCAGAAGCCCUGCCUUGUUAUCUUGAUCCGGUAAUAGCUUUCCACACUACUUUGCUUUUCCAGCCCCUCGAUUUCAGUAAAAAUGAAGGAAAAUUACUGGAAAAUAAGUUUGAUUAUAUCUUCUAUACAGGGAAUAACCAUGUAGGAAAGAUCAUCAUGACUGCUGCAGCGAAACAUCUGACACCUUUGACUCUGGAGCUGGGGGGUAAAAAUCCCUGUUAC